CACGGAAAUAAUCUCGCCAAAAUCCGGAAAAGAAAUAAAAGAAAGAAGAAACUGAACUGAAGUCGCCGGCGCCGCCGCGGCAGCAGGAGGAGCAGCAGCAGCAGAGCUCGGCGGCGCAAAGGCGCGGCAAGAUGCAUUCGUUCGGGCACCGGGCGAACGCGGUGGCGACGUUCGCGGUGACGAUACUGGCCGCGAUGUGCUUCGCCGCCUCCUUCUCCGACAACUUCAACUCCCCCUACCCCACCGCCGCCGUCAAGAUCUUGAACAUAAACUGGUUCCAGAAGGAGGCCAACGGCAACGACGAGGUUAGCAUGACGCUGAACAUUUCGGCCGACCUUUCGUCUUUGUUCACGUGGAACACAAAACAGGUGUUUGUUUUUGUGGCAGCUGAGUAUGAAACUCCACAGAACGCACUGAAUCAAGUUUCCCUUUGGGAUGGAAUUAUACCAUCAAAGGAGCAUGCCAAGUUUUUGAUCCAUACCACAAACAAGUACAGAUAUAUUGAUCAGGGAAGCAAUCUAAAAGGCAAGGAUUUCAACCUAACAAUGCAUUGGCAUAUUAUGCCAAAGACUGGCAAGAUGUUUGCAGAUAAGAUAGUCAUGACAGGUUAUCGGCUUCCUGAGCAGUACAGAUAGUCAGAUAGAUCAUGGGCAGCAGCUUGAUGGUCGCUGUGCUAUGCAAUGGUCAUUACUGGGAGCAGAGACCUGCAAGAAGUUUAGUAGCAGUGACAUAGCUGAUACUGAGCUUUUUGUUCUAAUCUUAGCCGAAUAUGUAAUCUUAUGAGCUUGUACUUUAGCUGAAACCAGGCGAAACAAAGUUACACUUUGAGGAGAUAUGCAUUUUUCAACCUUGAUUCGUCCGUUUAAAGUUGAUACUGAACUUGACGAAA